AUGUCACAGAUCACUUUUUCUGAUUUCAAUAACUCGGGGUCUCAGAUUGCGGACAACCGUGGCACAGUCAAUAACCAUUUUUACCCUCCAGAGCAGCCACAAGCACCACCUAUCCCUUUAUCCACUGUUCCUUUUUGUCGUGAUCCAGAUUUUGUUGAUCGUGGCUCGUUGCUCGAUAUCGUUCAAGAGAAAUCCUCUACAUCGGCCUCGAGGUUAGCACUUGUUGGUCUUGGUGGUGUUGGAAAGUCCCAGCUCGCUAUCGAAUACUCGUAUCGAGUGCGUGAUCAAUCACCAGAUACGUGGGUCUUUUGGGUCUAUGCAAGCAAUACAAACCGCUUCGAGCAAAGCUACAAAGAAAUCGCCAACAGAGUCAAGGUCCCCGGGCGCAAUGAUCCCAAAGCGAAUGUUAUUCAGCUCGUCUACGAUUGGCUUCAGGAUUCGAGGGGCCAGAAAUGGGUUUUGAUUCUCGACAAUCUGGACGAUGACCAAUUCCUAUACAAGCCACUCGCAAUCCGUGAAGACGAGAAUAGUCACCGCACCGCUUUGAAGCAACCGCUUCUGUCUUUCCUUCCUCGCAGUCUCCAUGGUACGGUUAUUAUCACAACACGCAGCAAACGUGUGGCUUUGAAUCUCCUCAAUGAGAAUGACAUCAUUCCAAUUGAGCCUAUGGAAAAGUCAGAUGCGUUUACGCUGAGGAAACAAAAGCUUGGAAAUAUUACAUGUGAUGGAUCGACCGAAGGUCAUAUCGAAAAGCUUACUGAGGCACUCGAAUUCAUGCCCCUCGCGAUUGUGCAGGCGGCGGCCAACAUCAAGAACAAGGCUUCCCGGUGCUCGGUAGCUCGGUAUCUUGAGGAUUUCCAAAGAAGUGAUCAACGAAAGAUAAAGCUCUUGGAUUACGACGUCGGUCAUUAUCAGCGAGAUCAUGAAGCGAAGAAGUCAAUUCUUGUCACAUGGCAAAUCUCAUUUCAGCAUAUUCGCCAUAUCAGGAAGUCUGCAGCCGACCUCCUGUCUUUGAUGAGCUUCUUCGAUCGACAGGGGAUUUCUGAAAGUUUGGUCCGGAAACACCCUAGGGAACUAGACGACUGCACAGAAUUCGAGAACAGGGUACCACGUUCAAUUAGCUGUGAAGUCAUCAAUUGCAGUAAAUUCGGAGACGAUGACGAAUUCGGGGAUGAUAUUGACAUUCUCAGAGAUUAUGCAUUUAUCUCGAUCAGUAAAGACCCUACUAUUUUCGAGAUGCAUCGACUGGUCCAGCUCUCAAUGAGAAGGUGGCUAGAAAUCCAGGGCGAGGAUGAGAAAUUGCGAGAUACUUUUAUUGAAAGUCUUCAUCGUGAAUUCCCAUAUGAAGAUUAUGAGCUAUUGGCGAAGUGCCAGUCUCUUUUUCCUCAUGUGAGAUUGGCAAGCCUCCAACGACCAAAAUCCGACAAAUCUUUCGAACUAUGGGUGGCGCUUCUUAGUCGUGCAGCAAGAUUCGCGUAUUUAAAGGGCGGAUUUCAAGAAACGAAGCAACUUCUCACCAUUUUACGAGAAGUGCUUGGAAAUUUAUUUGGUCCGGAACAUUCAAGCGUUGUAAGUGCCACAGAUCUUCUAGCUACUAGCUAUCGGCAUGAAGGUCAAUUUGACAAAGCCGAAGAGCUACAAAAGCAUGUACUAGAAGCUCGGCAGAGUCUGCUCGGCGUGACGCAUCCUCUUACGCUCGCUAGUAUUGGAAGUCUAGCAUUGACUUAUGUGGGGCAAGGCCGAUUCCAAGAUGCUCAGAUACUACAAGAGCUACUGCUGAAAACUCAGAUAAGCGUUCUCGGCGAGGAGCACCUCGAUACGCUCGACAGUAAUGGAAGUCUAGCAUUGACUUAUGUGAGGCAAGGUCGAUACCAAGAUGCUCAGAUGCUACAGGAGCUACUGCUGAAAUCUCAGAAAAGCGUUCUCGGCGAGGAGCAUCCAGAUACCCUCGCUAGUAUGGGAAAUCUAGCAACAACGUAUAUGAGACAAGGCCGAUAUCAAGAUGCUCAGAUGUUACAGGAGCCACUUCUGGAAACUCAUACAAGGGUUCUCGGCGACGAGCAUCCAAACACGCUCGCUAUUAUGGGAAAUCUAGCAAUGACGUAUAUGAGACAAGGCCGAUAUCAAGAUGCUCAGAUGCUGCAGGAGCCACUUUGGGAAACUGAGAAAAGAGUUCUUGGCGACGAGCACCCAAACGCGCUCAUUAGUAUGGGAAAUCUAGCAUCUGCCUAUAUGGAACAAGGCCAAUAUCAAGAUACUCUCAUACUAUUGGAGCCACUUCUGGAAACUCAGAAAAGCGUUCUCGGCGAUGAGCACCCAAAUACGCUCCUUACUAUGAGAAAUCUAGCAACAGCUUAUAUGAAACAAGGCCGAUAUCAAGAUGCUCAAACUCUACAGGAGCCACUUCUGAAAACUCACACAAGGGUUCUUGGCGAGGAGCAUCCAGAUACGCUCGCUAUUAUGGGAAAUCUAACAACAACGUAUAUAAAUCAAGGCCGAUUACAGGAUGCCCAGAUGCUAGCGGUGCUGUUGUUGGAGACUCGAAAGAGAGUGCUUGGAGAGAAGCACCCGCACACGCUUAUGACCAUGCGUACUGUAGCCCAUAUUUAG